AUGCUUAGUGACCUGGUGUUGGGUAUUUUCUUCCUUAUUCAGACGGGAGUUGGGAUUCUUGGAAAUGUCUUCCUUUUGGUCAUAUACAUCUCGAUUUUACUCACUGGCCACAGGCUAAAGUCCAUAGAGUGCAUUUUUGCUCACUUAGCUUUAGCCAAUUCAAAAGUGAUUCUCUCCAAGGGGAUCCCUCAGAUGAUUGCCUGUUUUGGAAUCAAUAAUUUCUUAGAUCUUCUUGGGUGUAAAUUUAUAAUUUACCUUCAAAAUGUAUCCCGGGGUGUUUCCCUCAGCAUCACCUGCCUCUUGAGUGGUUUUCAGGUCAUCACCAUUAGUCCAAGUAAUUCCAGAUCUGCAGAACUCAAAAUCAAAGCUUCAAAGUCUAUUGUCCCUGCCUGCUUCCUCUGCUGGGGCUUCUUCCUGGUGGUAAAUUUUACUUUGCUUGCGACUAUGCAUAAUUCAAGGUACAUGAGUAAUAACACAAAGAUGUGGAAUCUGGGAUAUUGCUCAAUUUUAAUUCCUGCCUCUUUCAAUGCUGCACUUUUUGCAAUUGUCUUUUCAAUCCCUGAUGUUAUUUGUCUGGGGUUCAUAAUCUGGGGCAAUGCUUACUUAAUGCUUUUCUUGCACAGACAUCAUCAACAAGUCCAACAUAUUCACAGUUCUCAUGUUUUUCCAAAAACUUUCCCUGAGAAAAGAGCCACCAAGGCUAUCCUCCUCCUUGUGAGUACAUAUGUCUUCUUUUAUUCCAUUAAUUCUGGAUUGUCAAUUUACCUCUUUAAAAUAGAUAAACAUCAGUCCUGGUUUGCACCUAUACUGAAUUUCCUAGGAGCAUGUUUCCCAGCCAUUAGCCCUUUCGUACUGAUCUUCUCUGACUCUCGAGUUCUCAAAUAUUGGUAUGCUUUGUGGCAGAGGAGACUUUCCUUCUCCUAA